AUGACCGAAGAAAUUGAAGAGAAGAAGGUGGAACCUUCGAAAAUACCAGAAGAAUCAAAGGCAAACACAGAAAGUAAUCCAGAUACUAAUGCAAAACAGGCUAAUAACCAACAGGAAAAUGAAAAGCAGAGAAAGCCUCCAGUUAUCAUCUGUGUUGGAAUGGCAGGAUCAGGAAAGACUACAUUUAUGCAAAGGUUGAAUUCAUAUCUACACAGCAAAAAGGAGCCACCUUAUGUAAUCAAUUUGGAUCCAGCAGUAAUGAGUGUUCCUUUCGGCUGCAAUAUUGAUAUUAGGGAUUCAAUAAACUAUAAAAAGGUCAUGGAAACAUACAAUCUUGGACCUAAUGGGGCUAUUGUGACCUCGCUUAACUUGUUUGCAACAAAAAUCGAUCAAGUCUUAGGUCUGGUAGACAAAAGAUCAUCUAGUUUCAAGCAUUGUAUAAUAGACACACCAGGUCAAAUUGAAUGCUUUGUUUGGUCGGCAUCUGGAACUAUUGUUACUGAAUCGUUUGCCUCUGAGUUUCCAACGAUUCUUGCAUAUAUUAUAGACACACCAAGAACAGCUUCACCUACAACAUUCAUGUCGAAUAUGCUCUAUGCCUGCUCUAUAUUGUACAAAACUAAACUUCCGAUGAUUUUGGUUUUUAACAAAACCGACGUUAAGAGUGCAGACUUUGCAAAGAAAUGGAUGACCGAUUUUGAGGCUUUCCAAGCUGCCUUAGAACGUAAUAUCGAGCUUAGCGACGAAACAUCUGAAGGCUCUGGCUAUAUGGCUUCUUUAGUUAAUUCGAUGAGUCUUGUUCUUGAAGAGUUUUAUUCCACGCUUGACGCAGUUAGCUGUUCGGCGUAUACAGGUGAGGGCUUUGAUGACUUUUUGAAGGCAGUUGAUUCUAAAGUGGAUGAGUACAACGAUAUUUACGUGAAGGAAAGGGAGAGAAUUUUGAAGAAUAGAAAGAAGAGAGAACAGAAGAGAAAGGAGCAAAAUCUGGCACGUAUGAUGUCAGACAUGGGUCUUGAUGAUAAGAAAGGUGGUUCCAAGAGUGAUGAAGUCAACCCAGAUUCCGAAGUGUCGAGAACUGAAAGAGUGGAUGUUCUGUCUGAUUUAUCGUCUUCCUCAGAUGACGACGAUGAGAUUGAAGCUCAGAUCAAGGAGGAUGAAGCAAAUGGAUAUGAAAAUGGUAUUAUAAAUCUUGAAGAUGAAGAAGAUGAGAAACAACAGGAGGAUAAAAUAUCUGCAGCUAAAAAUGCUAUUCAGGAAAGGUACAAAAAGGCUAUGGGAAAGGGUGUUGACAGCUCUAAAAUAGCGGAGGAUAUUGCCAGCUACAUUCGUGAGAACCGGGGGUAA